AGCAUAUAAUAACAUAAACAUACAGUAAAUAGAAACGCUCAAGAUCGUAAGUGGACUGAAUUGAAGUAAUAUAUACACAAUUGUCCAAUUUUUGUAUUGUGUGGGCAAGGAUCCUGCAGAAUCAGAAAUAAGGUGAAAUUUUUAAGUAUGCUUGUGGAUCGCCAAAUCUGAAUUUCGAAAGUUUAGUAACUUUAAUAUAAGAAAAAAAUUGUUUACAUCUAUAAUCACUGAUGGGAUUGACAAGAGCACCACAUCAAUGGGCGAAGAAAAGUAUCUAUUUGAUUUUACAAAAAAUGAUGAUGUUGAAGCAUGGGAAGAACAGUCUGAUACAGUUCGGGACGUGGGAAUGUCCAAAGGAGUAAUCGUUAUACAUAAAAAUAAAGGAUUCAGAAGGGCAAUAUUUUUCGCCUUAUUAAAUCCUCAACAGAAUGGAGCUGGAUUUGCUGGCAUAAGGGCAAUUCAAACUUACAAUUUGCAGGGUCACACAAAGCUGCAAAUAAGAUGUAGAGGCCAGGGACAAUACAAUGGUUUUAAAGUGGUCCUAAGGCAUAAAGGAUUAAAUGAAGAACCAAGUUAUUCAUUCGAACAAUAUUUCCAGGCUCCUAAGGAUGAAUUUGCAGUGCGUAAUUUAGCAUAUACAGAAUUUAAAGCUUAUUACAGAGGGAAAAGGGCUAAUAACAAUGAGACCUUAGAUUUAUCUCAAGUAUCAAGUAUUGGGUUCCAGAUGUACGGCGGAGUGUAUCAGCCAGUCAAACAGAAAGGUCCUGCGACAUUGGAAAUUGAUUGGAUAAGAUCAGUGUAAUGUUUACAAUGUUGUUAUAUAAUCAUUGACGAUUUAAUUAUUUGACGUUGGUCAAUUAAAAUACAAGAUGUAAUGAAUGGAAAGGAUAACAAUGUGAAAUCCCUUAAUAGUAUUCAUUAAAAUUAGUAAUUUUCCUCAAAGAAAAAAUAGGAAUAUAUUUAGUUUUAUAUAACAUGAAUGGUUAAAAAAUUAUAUAUUCCUAUAAACCUUGUAUGGCAGUAGGUCGAAUGCAAUGGUUUUAUUAUGCUCGUCAUUUAACUAUAGGGAUCGAUUGAGGCCCAAUUUGUUUAAACUAUCUCUAAAAUUAAGGCUGAAAUCAGUGAAAUCUUUAUACUCAGGAUCAAUAUGAACUAAAUUUUUAAUAGAAUAAAAUUUUUAUGA